AUGAAUCUUAGAGAAUAUUUUUGUAGACAUACCUCUUGUCUUUCCACUAAUGUUAACAGUUCUACUGUGGAAAUAUUUAAUAGUGAUGUAGAGAGUGACGAGAGUUUUUACUCUUGCACAUCAGAUAAUGAGGAUAUAAUUAAUGCAUAUAACACUUUUAAUACAAGUAGGUUAAAAUCUAAUAGCUCUUUUUUACCUCCAUAUAAAAAUGCAUUAAUACAAAAAUUUGAAUGUGUAUUAAACUUAAUGGUGGAAAAAGAACUAGAAUGUUUUUUGAAACAGAUACAUCACUAUAAUUUGACUAAAAUAGAGUGGAAUAAAUUACGAGCACUUAGUAAGAAUGAGAACAUAAUUUUUAAGCCCUCAGAUAAAGGGGGAAAACUGGUCAUAUUAAAUGCUUGUGAUUAUUAUGAGAUGUGUAUGAAACAUCUUGGCAACAAAGAUGUAUAUCUUGAGACCGAUGUAACAUACAUAAAGAAAGCAGAAAUUGACUUUAUGAAUUUAUUACAGAAAGGAAUUAGGUUACAUUAUUUUACAAAGUCUGAUGUUGACCAAAAAAUAAUUAAAAAUACACAAAUGGUACGGUUGGAGAAUGGUGGAAAGUAUUAUAAUGCUCAUAUUCAGGAGGUCGGACAUGACAGCAGUUUUGUGACAGUCUUCAUUGAAGAACUUGCUGAAAAACAUACUGUUCCUUUGGGAAAUCUGAAACCUGUGACUCAGGUGACUCCUAUCCCAGCCUGGAAUGCUAUACCAAGCAGAAGAGGUGGAAAUUAUCAGAAAAUGUCAGGAGGAUAUGUUACAGAACUGGAAUUUGACUUGAAAGCUAGAAAGAGGAUGUUCAAAAAAGUUCGUGGUAAAGAAGUUUUUAUGGCAGUGGCAUACAGCAGAGGACAGCCUGUGCUUCCACCUCGGUUACAGCAAACCAUUGCUUCUGGGCGUACUUCUCCAAUUCAUGCAAAUCCAGGUGGUGGAAAUAUGGGACCCUAUGAACAGUACAGACCCCAUUCUACACCUCAGAGACAUGGCAGAGGAUAUGCACCACCUAGGAGCUGUGCUCGCUUUAUCAACAGGCACAACUUAAUUGGACCUGAAGUUGCUUACUACACAAACCCAGGAAAGAGAUGUUACCAGAGUUAUGACAACUUUUCAUAUAGGUCCCGUUCAUAUAGUCGAAGUCGAAGGCAGAUGCAGUGCAUGAAUAAAGAAUAUCAGUAUGGGUAUGUACCUGAUGAUGAAGAACCUCGUGGAAUGGAAGAGACCAUCACUUUUUAUGAGAUUGAGGAAGGAGAUGAAACUGCUUAUCCUGAUCUUUCUAGUCAAGGAGGUUCCUCUCCAGUUGUUACAGCCCCUGCUGGAUUUUGGGUUACUAGACAAGGACCAAGCCCUCUACCUCCUGGUAAACAGACUUUGACUUCUUCUUCUGAAGAAGAAGUGGAUGCACCAAGUGAAAGUGAUGCUGGCUAUCAGAGCCCUUCAGUAUAUGCAGCAGCUGAAGCUGCCUCAAAUUUGUCCAUUCAGGAAGGAGUGUCUCGACCAUCACCUCAGGAUGGCGUUACAGCGUAUAGUUAUUCACAACAGAUGAUGGUAAGUUCUGCAGUGAUGCCUACUUCGCCAUGUGUUACUGCUGUUCCAGUCACAGUAUUUUCUUCCAACUCCCCAUCAGCCUCACAAGCUACUGCUACCUCAGCCAUAUCAUCACAGACAUCAGUACAGCCACUCCUUGUAUCACCUCCCUCUGGUGGUAGACCAGUUAUGCUUCCACCAGUGCCAUUCUCUUUCCAUCCAGCACCUUCUGUUCCUGUUAAUGAAAUGGGUAAGCCGGUGCCACCGCCUCUUCCUCCACCACCAUACUCCUGUGAUCCCAGUGGUAGUGAUCUACCUCUAGAUACCAAAGUUGUACAGUACUACUUUAACUUGGGAUUGCAGUGCUAUCACCAGAGUUAUUGGCAGUCUCUGGUUUACAUGCAGCAGCAUCCACCUAUGGAUCCAUACGCACCAUACCCUGAAGCCUCUCCAGUGGUUGAUCAAGCAGUUCCACCAUUGUAUAGUGAUAUUGGAAGAAACAAUGACCGACAAAUUCCAUCAGAUACUGCCGGCAACAAUUCCUAUUCCAGUAUUGAAUCAACAUCUAUACCUCAUGGGCCGGUUUACUACCCUGUGAUGCAGGACCCAUACAACCCAGCAUCUUUACCCGGUUACGAACCUUGUGUUCCUGUGAUUCCAGCUUAUCAUUACGUAGGUGCAUGGCCCUCAGUGAAUACUGCCUAUGGCAGUUCACCUCGUGUGCAUAGUGCUGCAAACCCUGGACCAUUGCAUCAGGUCACCUACGUUACUUCUACAAAUCAUCCUCCUAACUAUAUUCAGCAGAACAUGUGAGCACUGACGAACAUGAACACUCAAGCACUAGUGCUUUCUUCUGGCACUGUACCUUGUCUGUAUAAUAUUUACUACUUUCAUUUACAAGCUGUCUUGUGUAGAUUUUGUGUGCAUAUUUGUUGUAUUAUAGUGAUAGAGAUUAGGCUUAUAUAUGUGUAGAGGGUGACCUGUAUUAACACUGUGCUAUAUGGAACAUGUUGAAGAUCUGGUUAGUAGUAAACACUAUGCCGUAUUGAACGUUUUGAAGAUCUAGUUAGUAGUAUAAAAAUUAAGGUGUGGGUUUAUUUUGUGUUUAUUUCUUAGUUAAAUGACUGAUUUGAAACUACUAGCAUGCACAAGGUGUGAAAUGUCAUUUUACUGUAGUUAAACUGUACAGUAUUGAUAUGUGCCUCAUAAAAUUACUGAAUAUUGUCUUUGCUUUAGGGAAACACUGAAUUGUUGCAUCAUGUUAGGAGUACAUGUGACUUCUGUGAGCUGUAAAAGUCAGCAGUGAUUAUGCAUAGUCACAGCUUUAUAGUAGACCAGAGGUAACAAUUUUGAAAAAAGAGCAAGUUUGAGCAUGUUUAACUAGAUACUAGAAUAUGGAGGGAGUUGCAUUUAUAUUUGUUGUUUUAGCAGUGUAACAGAAAAUGACUUUUUGUAUUUUUUUCCAUUGAGUUGACUAUCAGCUGCUGUUAUAUUUGGUUUAAAUGUUAUGUGGUUAUAGAGCAGACAUGAUGGAUUAUUCAUUAUAAAAUUGUGUGUAGGUUGGGAGAUUGAUGAUGCAGUGGAUACUUACAUUAACCUUUUUAAUAUAUAUUGCUAUGGGAAAAUCAUUAUGGGAACCUGAUAUCAAGCUUUUUAAACUUGUAUUUUUUUAGCUGCCACAGACAUGGUCUGCAAAAUCUGUGGAUAUUGUAUAGCAUUCUGUACAGCAGGAAUUUCCCUCUUAUGCUCAGUACCAUAUCGUAACUGGUUUCAGCCAUCUUUUGUGGUGAAGAGACAAUGUGACACGUUCCUUGUAAAGUUGAAGUAAGUCCUUGCUAGGUUAAAACAGGAGUUGCAGUAAUUAUGCCUUUAAAAUUAUUAGACUUGUGUUUUAUAAUAGCUAAUAAAUGUAUAUAUGAGAUUAGAUAUCCGUAAAUCUUAACGUUAUUAAGGUCAGAGCAGUCAGAGUUAUUAGCAUUUACACACCAGGUAGAUUAUGUAACUGCUGAAGAAAAACUGGAAGGAUAUUCGAGGCAUAGAACAGACAGCAUGGUGUUUCAUAGGAAUUGCAUUUGAAGCAGGGUUGUUAUUUUUUAUUUUUGUGGUGAAAUUGUGAAACACAACUGCAGCCUCCUAGACAGAAAUUUCUUGAAAUCUUAUAAAAUUUUUAGGUAGGACUCCGGCUUGUUCUGGAACAGCAGGCCAGACUUUUUCUUUUUUAUACUAUUUAAACUAUAUUAAUUCUUACAUAUUAUCAGAAUUAUGGUAACUUAAUCUCUGAAGACAGCAAAUCCCAUCCAGUCACAAGAUCUGGCUUUGUAAUGUAGUAUGGAACUUAACUGAGCAUCUUUGGGAAUAACACAAACACUACAUAAAUGGUUAUUUUGUUAGCAUGUGUUGCUUGUCAUAUUUUUAGAGAACCAGUAAUUAAAUGUUCAGAGCAAAUUAUCUAAAUUGCUUCUCCCAUGGUAAUAGAUUACAAAGUAAAACUGUUGCUGUUAACUCUAACUAGAUUCAUGCCUUACCAGGGUAAUGUAUAGUUUGGUAAUGAAAGCAUUUACUAAGGGUGCCCUUACUGUAGCUCAGUUAUAGUUCCCAUGAAAUUCUAAAGUCAUGACAGACUAGAAAAGCAAAUUACUGUAGCUGUGUGCCAAUAUACAUUUUAUUCUACUCCCACACUACUGGUUCUUUUGUCUGCUCUUGCAUUUUGUUCCAACGAGUUAUGCAGAGUAUGCUUGCUUAAUCCAGACUACAGCAGCAGAGGGUGACGAAAAAAAGUAAACUUUAUGCUUGUGAAGUAAGUCAAGCUAUAGACAAAAAAAACAUGUCAUUAAAUAACUUUCAGUAAAAUAUUUAACCUUUUUAACUUCCAUUUGAUAUUUGAGUGCUGUUUGGUUUUAUAAUUUGUAGUAUUAUAGACAUGUCUUCCAUUAUGGCAUCUUGAAAGGCUUUGUAGAAAAGAUUUGCGUUAAGAAGGGAAGGGAGCAGGAAGACCAGAUAAUUGCAUUUAACCUCUGUUCAGAAUUGGGGAAAUCAUGAGUUAGGUUAUUUGAUGUGGCUGUUUUGCAUUUUGGUGCUGAUGUAUACAUAGACAGGUGUUGAUCCCCUAGAAAUACAAACUGUGGAAAAGUGUUUUUCUAUUGUGGACUCUUCCAUAAACCAGUCAUAUCUAGACCAGUUUAACUAUUUUUCUCUAAUGCUGAAUGCUUUGCACUGAAAAUGUGGAUUUGUAUAGUAAUCAGUGGGGAGCUGCAUAACAAAAACAUCUUGGUGUACUUGAGCUAGCUAGUACCUGUAACCCAGGAGUAUCACAUUUGCAUCUGUACUCAUCUUUCGAAACCUUCACUUUCAUACAUUUUUAUGAAGGAGAGCUAGUAGCAUUUUGGAAGAAUGACACUUUUUACAGAUGCAGAGGAAUUGAUGGAGAAUUGUACUACUUUGCAAAUUAUACAGAGGAUAUGAUAGAAUCCCCCCCAUCUUCAGUGUGUCUGAUGUUUUGUUUUUUUUCAUUUAUGUGUUUGACUUGUACUAUAAAAUAUUCUGAGAGUUGGUAUGGCUGUGAGUGACACCUUUCCUCUUACUUCCAGUCAUAUCUACCAUAGUGUUUGUUUUUUAUAUAGCAGCCUCUGUGAAGGAAUCCCUUUGUACUUGCCACUGUAUGGAUCUCAAUGCCAAGAAGAAAAAAUUAUCCCAGUAGCACUUAGAUUUUCCCAAGACACUUGCAUAACACAAUUUUCCUUUAUUCUUUAACGGCUUAUUUCUUUUUCUAGAGGUUUCUGUUGUGUUCCUAGUAUUUUUCUUUGUGGCUGCCCUGAAAUUUAUAUUUUCAGAAAAAUGACGAUGUACGUGUACAACCCAAAUUCUAUAUCCUGUUUCUGCUCUUCUUAAAUUCUGGAUAGUAUUGUUCUAAGUCCUUUGGUCUUUACAUUUUCAGGGAUUGAUCUAGU